AGUCAUCUUCAGGCACCUGCUCUUGUCAGAGAGCAACAUGGCACAAGGGAUUCAACUUGAACGAGUAAGAUUCAGCUGCUCGAUCUGUCUGGAUCUACUGAAGGAUCCGGUGACUAUUCCCUGUGGACACAGCUACUGCAUGAACUGUAUUAAAAGCUUCUGGGAUGAGAAUCAAAUCCACAGCUGCCCUCAAUGUAGGCAGACCUUCACACUGAGGCCUGUUCUGAUGAAAAACACCAUGUUAGCAUUUUUAGUGGAGGAACUGAAGAAGACUGAACUCCAAGCCGCUCCUGCUGAUCACUGCUAUGCUGGACCUGAAGAUGUGGCCUGUGAUGUCUGCACUGGGAGAAAACUGAAAGGCCUCAAGUCCUGCCUGGUCUGUCUGGUCUCUUACUGUGAGAUUCACCUCCAGCCUCAUUACGAUGUGGCUCAAUUAAAGAAGCACAAGCUGGUGGACCCCUCCAAGAAGCUCCAGGAGAACAUCUGCUCUCGUCAUGAUGAGGUGAUGAAGAUGUUCUGCCGUACUGACCAGCAGUGUAUCUGUUAUCUCUGCUCUGUGGAUGAACAUAAAGGCCACGACACAGUCUCAGCUGCAGCAGAAAGGACUGAGAGGCAGAGAGAGCUUGGGAUGACUCGGCAUAAAAUCCAGCAGAGGAUCAAGGACAGAGAGAAAGAUGUGAAGCUGCUUCAACAGGAGGAAGACACUGUUAAUCACUCUGCCGAAAAUGCACUAAGGAACACUAAGAAGAUCUUCAUUGAACUGAUCCGUAUCAUUGAGAAAAGAGUCGUUGAUGUUAAUGAGAAGAUUAAAUCUCGGCAGGAAACUGAAGUGGGUCGGUUUAAAAAGGUUCGGGAGAAGGUGGAGCAGGAGAUCACUGAGCUGAGGGGGAAAGAUGCUGAGCUGGAGAAGCUGUCAUACACACAGGAUCACAACCAGUUUCUAUUAUAUUACCCCUCAUUGUCACGUUUCAGCGAAUCGAAAGACCCACCCAGUGUCAGAGUCCACUGUCUGCGGUACUUUGACAAGGUUACAGUGACUCUGUCAGAGGCCAGAGAUAAACUACAGGGGGUUCUCGGUGAAGAAUACGCAAAGAACUCAAUGACUGUAACUGAAGAAGAUGUUUUACCAUCAAAUCCAGAAGCAGAGCCCAAGACUAGAGCUGAUUUCUUACAUUAUGCAUGCAAAAUAACACUGGAUCUAAACACUGCAAACACACAUCUGUCAAUAUCUCAGGGGAACAGAAAGGUAGCAUUCAUGAGAGAAGAACAGAAAUAUUCUCUUCAUCCAGAGCGAUUUGCUUAUUCCUGGCAGGUCCUGAGUAGAGAGAGUCUGACAGGACGUUGCUACUGGGAGGUGGAGAAGAGUGGGAGCGGCGUUUUAGUUGCAGUUGCAUACAAGGAUAUCAGCAGAGCAGGGGACUUCAGUGAAUGCGUGUUUGGACACAAUGAGAAAUCUUGGGCGUUAGAUUGUUACAAAAAUAGUUACGAAUUCAGGCAUAACAACAUAAAAAUUCCCAUCCCAGGCACAUGGUCCUCCAGAGUAGGAGUGUACCUGGAUUACAAUGCAGGUAUUCUGUCUUUCUACAGCAUUUCUGAGACCAUGACUCUUCUCCACAGAGUCCAGACCACAUUCACUCAGCCUCUCCAUGCUGGAUUCUGGCUGUCAGAUGGAGCUGCUACUGAGGUGUGUAAGCUCAAGUAGACAGGAGUUGUUGAAGAGCAGAGAUCUCCUGUUAAUCAAACAAGGGAGAAGUAUUGUGACAACUUAAUGAUCGUGGAAAACAUAAGUAGUAUGUGUAUGAAAGCUAAACUAUGUAAAUAAAAGUGCUUAAAACAUUGCUGAUGGAGUUCUAACCACUCCUACCAUUGGGGAGAUAAACAACAGUAUUUCCCUUUAAAGUAGAGUGUUAUAAAGUUGUAGAAAUGGAUCGGCUCAAACUUUGGUCUUUGUUACCUUUCGUCUCAGGAUAUCUUUAUGGGUAACACUUUAUUUUAUGGGUCUGUUAUUUAUGAAUAAUUUGCAAGACAUUUCCUGAAAUGAAACUAUGUGAUUUGGUACAAAUUAUAGGAAUUUCUUUUAAAUUAAAACCGCCAUUUAAACCCAUGUAAAUAUUCAUUCAUUAUUAAUUUUUUGUUGGAAAAUGCUUUUUCCAUAUAUGUUGAAUUGUAUGCAAAUUUCUCAUUUUUGCAUUUUCAGCUAACCUGCUGUGCACUGACUAAAAUACUCUCUCAUACAGUAGCAGUUAAUUGGAAUUUAUUAUUUGCCAUUGUGCUAAUUGAACUUCCUCAUGCCAAUCAAACAUGUUGAGUUUGAUUGGCAGUGCAUGCUCGUAAUCAAUGACCCUCCUGCACAGUGGCUGAAUAUUGGCUUAGUCAGUUGACACUAAUACUGUGACUCAUCAUUCUUAUCUAACAGGAAAAAGAAAAGAAAAAAAACAGUAGGACUAGCUGGUUUCUUACGGUACAUCAAUGGCAUUUGUCAUCACAAAAAUUUGGCUGCUUACAUGAGUGAAAGUAUGCUUGCCAGAAUGUGAACAACGGCAAUUUGUUGAAAGUAAAAUAUCAAUAUCUCAUUAUACAUUUCCCACGUCUUCUGUAUUUAUUACCGUCUUAGCUGUGAAUAUGUUUCUGUAACAAUACCAGGAAAAACUCCUGUGCGCUCUGUUUACAUUUAUUUUACUAUAUCUAGGUGCUUAGAAAUUCACCUUCAUUUAUUUGUGGACAUUAAAAUCAUACUGAGUAACAAUCGGCUGUUCUACAUGUAAUGGUGGGAAUAAUAGUACAGUCCAGUGGUAAUAUAGAGGUUUUAUGUGUAGAUGUUUAUCUGGGUUUCAUCCAAAAUGUGUGUCAUGUGUUCUUAAAGUAGUUUCACUCAUAACCUAUGUAAAAAGAGAAAUUUCUCCAUUUGGCUCAAUUCAGACUGAUGAAAACUCCAACUUAGACCACCACCUCUUGGACAAGAAGUUUUCUUUUCAAGGAAACCCAGGUGCAGGUUAUAUGUGGUCAGAACAGAAAGCAGACCAGCCACAAGAUUGUGAUAGUGAAUACGUAACACUUGUAUAAAUUCAAAGCAAAACUAAACACAUUAUGUCAUAAAACAGUAAAACAUAAAACAUCUGCAUUUGGUGACACAUUAGUGUUGGGAUUUUCCUCAAUACUUGGGCAAUGAAUAGCAGGUGUGUUGUUCCUUUAUUGUAAUUUUAAUGGAGUGAGUGAAACAUAAUUAACCUUUUCCCCAAAUCAUAUUUUUCAUUAUGUUUGUAGUCAGAUCUUUAUUAUAGAUGAAGUUCAGUUCCAAACUCGACUAAUAAUAUUCAUAACCAACUCUUUUGUUUGUGAUCUUUUGAUGACCACUAAAGAGAAUGAACUUGCUCUCAGUCACUUGAAUGAACUUUGUCUGGUUUAGUUUGAUACAUGUGUAUAAUUAUGGCUAGAGUUAUACAGUAUGUACAUUAUCAUCAAAUAUUUGAUCAUGUUCUUAGUACUUAGUACCUUAGUAAGAUAUUGACAGAGGUUUGUUGUCAUUACCAAAGCUCAGAUAUUAUGUUGGUACUGGCAUUGAAAAAAUUCAAAUGAUACUCAGCCCUUUGCAAGCAUGACUAUGCAGACUACCAUGUGCCCAAACCUGUUUUAGGAGUGAGUUACCAGUCAGUCCCGCUGAUGUCGCACAUGUUUGUAAUUCUUGGUUUGUUUGUAAUAAGUUGGUGUGAGCCCGAAAAGGGGUUGAACUGCAUUUUUCUUGGAAGAGAAUCAAACUGAUGGUGUACCCCAAAUGAGAUCAACCACUCUCUUACACUGUUCAGUGUUCAUGUACUUUCCCUCUGAGAACACUCACACACUGUUCAUCUCUUAUUCAGAACAUGCUGUGAGCCAUGUAGUGUGAACUUUUUUAAUGAUUAAUUCAGGCCUUUGUUAGCUUUUCUUCACUGUCUUUGAUCUGGGAACACACUAGAAACCUUAAAUUAUACACCAGGAACAGCUGAGAUUCUGGAGAUAAGAUUUAGUGGUUCAUGUUCCCAAAAACUUUUAAGGAAUUGGAAGACUUUUUUUAUUUUUAUUGUACCAUUUCAUCAUUUUCAGGUUUUGAUCUUGCUGUUGUUACUUCCCUAUACUGCAUACUCUAAUGAGUUCUGUAAACUGAAUAUAUUAUUAACCUCUUUGUUAAGAUUAAUGUUUUAUGAAAAGCUGAUUACAUGCUAUUAUAUCCUGGGCUGUGUGUAUAUAUAUAUUAUAUAAUAUAUUUAUGAUAUCUUUUUAGAUUACAUUUUAAAAUAUACUUAUUAUUUACUGUAUACAUUUCAUAUUUAGCAUUAUUUUGUAUAUAUUUUCGUAUUCUAGUCUAGUAAUCUAUUCUAUUGUUCAUUUUUGUACUGUUACAGUAUUUUUUUCCUCUGUGGCAAUAAAGUUCUUCUUAUUUGUGUUAAAUAGGGUAUGUGGUUCAAAGCAACAGUGUGUUUAGUGUAGUAAAACAUCUUGAAACUACA